AUGUCGCGCCAUAACAGUGUGGAUCUAGACUCGCCCGAUCGGCCCUUCGACAACAUCAUCAAUUUCCGCGAUGUCGGACGGUCUGUUAAUCAAUUUUGUCGCAAAGAGAUCUUGAAAGAAGGCGUGUUCUUUCGGAGUGCGAGGCUUGACGACGCAUCAGAACGAGAUAUACGUCGUCUAGCAGAAGAACUACACAUUCACACCGUGGUCGAUCUCCGUUCCCAAACAGAACACCAAAUGGGCACGCGUAAACGUCGAGGCGAAAAUGCCAAAGCAGAAUCAGAUCCAUCAGAAAAAUCCACAGAUCCAAUCCCAACAAAUCCAGACGAACAUCUCCUCCAAAUCCCCGGCUCGGAACGAGCUCUAAUAAGCCUAACAGGCAAAGGCUUCGAACGCGCCUUAUUAUCGAAAUUGGACUGGUUUACAUAUCUCAAAACAAUCGGCCUCGUAACAACAGGCUACCGCAGCGACGCAGUGCGUCUAGUAUGCGGAUCCGUAAUGCAACCGCGCGGGCUCACAGGCCUAGCUCAAGACACGCUAGAUUCCAGCAUGGGCGAGAUCCGGGCUGUAUUCGAGAUCCUGGCUUGCGAGGAGUCAUAUCCAACAUUAGUGCACUGUACGCAGGGGAAGGACCGGACGGGACUGGUGGUGUUGCUUAUGUUGUUGCUUGUUGGUGGGGUGCCGACUGAGGCGAUUGUCGAUGAUUACAGUCGCUCUGAGCUGGAGCUCGUCUCGGAGUUUGAGGAGCGCAUGGAGGAGAUUAGGGCCAUUGGGCUUGGCGAGGAUUAUACGCGUUGUCCGCCUGGCUUUGUUGCUGAUACCACCGAGUACCUGGAGACGAGGUAUGGGGGUGUUAGGGGGUAUUUGGAGAGGGUUGGGGUUGGGUUUGAGAUGCAGGAGAGGAUUAGAGCGAAGCUUUUGGUUUGA